AUGCGUCACUUCAUCCCUCGGUCGCUGAUCAUGGCGGAGCUACAGCUUCAGUGUGAAGUGGAGCCGCAACUUCUCAAUGGGGACGACUUGAACGAGGAGAGGGAUGACCCGGACGCCCCGGAAUCAGUAAAGAAAAGGAGAAGAAAGAAGAAGAGGAAUAAGACCACCGCAGCAGCAGGGGCAAAUGAAGCUGAGGGGGAUGGAGAAGCCGGAGGUGUUGGUGAUGUGACAAAACAGUUGGAGCAGCAAACACUAGAGGACAAAGAGAGGGAGGAGGAUGGAGAAGAAGAUGGGGAUGAAGGAGAGAACUCAGCUGGAAAAAAGAAGAAGAAGAAGAAAAAGAAGAAAGGAUUGAAGGGACAGACUGACCCUCCCUCAAUCCCUAUUUGUGAGCUUUAUCCCAACGGAGACUUUCCAAAGGGAGAGGAGUGUGAAUAUCCACCAUCGAAAGACGGGCGCAGUGCAGCGUGGCGGACCACCAGUGAAGAGAAGCGGGCGAUGGACAGGGCCAACGAGGAGAUGUGGACCGAUUUCAGGGAAGCGGCCGAGGCACAUCGUCAGGUCCGCUCGUAUGUCAGGAGCUGGAUCAAACCAGGGAUGUUAAUGAUUGACAUCUGUGAGAAGCUGGAGGACUGCUCCAGGAGGCUCAUCAAAGAAAACGGGCUAAAGGCAGGCCUGGCCUUCCCCACCGGCUGCUCCAUCAACCACUGUGCUGCCCACUACACCCCAAACGCAGGAGACCCCACAGUGCUGCGCUACGACGACGUCUGCAAAAUUGACUUUGGAACGCACAUCAACGGUCGAAUAAUAGACUGUGCCUUCACCGUCACUUUCAAUCCAAAGUAUGACAGGCUGCUGGAGGCUGUAAGAGACGCAACUGACACCGGCAUUAAGUUUGCAGGAAUUGAUGUGCGCCUUUGUGAUGUCGGUGAGACCAUUCAGGAAGUCAUGGAGUCUUAUGAAGUGGAGAUAGAUGGGAAAACAUAUCAAGUGAAGCCAAUCAGGAAUCUCAAUGGCCACUCCAUUGGACAGUACAGGAUACACUCAGGGAAGACAGUCCCUAUUGUUAAAGGAGGAGAAGCCACAAGGAUGGAGGAAGGUGAAGCGUACGCCAUUGAGACAUUUGGCAGCACAGGAAGAGGUGCAGUCCACGAUGACAUGGAGUGCUCACAUUACAUGAAAAACUUCAAUGUUGGACACGUACCAUUAAGACUUCCAAGGGCUAAACAUCUGCUGAACGUGAUCAAUGAGAACUUUUGCACUUUGGCGUUCUGCCGCCGCUGGCUGGACCGCCUGGGCGAGAGCAAGUACCUGAUGGCGUUGAAGAAUCUGUGUGACCUUGGCAUCAUAGACCCGUACCCACCUCUCUGCGACAUCAAGGGCAGCUACACCGCCCAGUACGAGCACACCAUCCUACUCAGGCCCACCUACAAGGAGGUUGUGAGCCGGGGAGACGACUACUAAUCAGGCGCCAAAACUCAAGGCGAGCCAGGAGGAGCAUGACGGCUCAAAGACAACAAACCUCUGCAGACUGAUAACAAUUAUGCAAUAUUUCUCUGACCUUAAAUUACCACUGCUUUAUUCUAGCAAAGUCAAAAGACUUGUGUCAUUGCAGUAGCUUACUAGUAUUUCUUUUCCAAAGGA